GUUAGUCAUGCAGAAGGACCUGUGUGCAGGACAGGGUCAAGACCAAGGGACCCCUGACCCCAAGGGAGCCCAAGAGGGACAGUCUGUCGAUCAGUGUAAAAUCAGCCAGUUUCUGAAGCUGCACCCAGAGGCGGUUUGGGAGCAGGAGAAUCCCAGCGAGUACUGCUAUGGGGGUUACCACCCGGUAAAGAUAGGGGACACGCUCAACAGACGGUACCAGGUGGUGUCAAAGCUGGGCUGGGGCUACUUCUCCACAGUGUGGCGCUGUGUGGACCUUAGCCUGGGCCGACAGGUGGCAGUCAAGGUGCUGAAGAGCGGACCGUGCUUCACGCAGGCAGCGCUGGAUGAGCUAGCAAUACUGCGCUGUAUCUGUGGACCCAAUAGGAAGCAUAUCUACAGCCAGCAAGUUGUCCAGCUGCUGGACGAGUUCAGAGUGGUGGGAGAGAACGGUAUCCAUGUUUGUCUCGUUCUGGAGCUGCUGGGCCCAGAUCUCCACAGUUGGCAGGAGUGCUUUGGCAACCCUGGGCUCUCGUUGCCCUGUGUUAAACAUGUCAUUAAACAGGUUCUGCAGGGUUUAGACUACCUGCACACCAAGUGUAAAAUCAUACACACAGACAUCAAACCUGAGAACAUAUUGUUGUGUUUCGAGAAGCAACCCCAUGGGAAGACUGCAGAGGGCACAGUGUCAAAGGAGCCCUCAUUCAUGGAAGCACAGCUACAGAACAGUGAAGGGAGGAUCCCUUGGACUUCAAGCCAGCUGGAAAAGAUCACUGUGAAGAUUGCUGACCUGGGCAGUUCUUGCUGGGUGUACAAGCAUUUCUGUGAUGAAAUCCAGACCCGUCAGUACCGCUCACUUGAAGUCCUACUGGGAGCAGAGUACGGCCCCCCAGCAGACAUAUGGAGUGUAGCUUGCAUGGCGUUUGAGCUGGUUACUGGAGAGGCCUUGUUUGAGCCCAAAGCAGGGAAGACAUUCUCUCUAGAGGAAGACCACCUUGCUCAUAUUAUUGAGCUUUUGGGAAAAAUCCCUGUUGCAGUGAUUCUCUCUGGAAAAUAUUCUACAAAUUACUUUAACCACCGAGGAGAUCUCCGUAGAAUUAAAGUGCUGCGACCAUGGGGUCUGUAUGAAGUUUUAGUGGAAAAGUACCAUUUGGGGCUGAGCGAAGCCUCGCUCUUCUCCGACCUCCUGUUGAACAUGCUGCGCUUUCUGCCGGAGCGAAGGGCGACUGCAGCCCAGUGUCUCUCUCACCCCUGGUUCAACUCCUGAUCUCUGAAAUGCCUUUCU